AUGUCGUCAAACGUAGAGGAUGCCAUAAUGGCAGCAGCAGCUUGCACAGUUGGGGAUAGCGAAAUUAUCCUUUAUUCGCCUUUUAUUUUGAAGUCUUCCCGAGGAAUGUUCAGCCAGCAAAGCGCAGAGACACGGCUCAUAUUCAGAAUUUCCAAUGAAGUUACCUUUGACAUACUUACUGAACUAAGCAAGAAUGACAGCGGGGUUGACGAAUAUGCAGCUUUCUAUGCAGGGUAA